CUGUGACGCGGCUCUCUGGCUGCCUUCGGCUGACUGUCAAGAAAGAAGACUCCCAUUCCAUCUCUUCUCCUGGAUAAAUGUCUCCGUCACAGAAAGACUGAUGAGUCCCUGAAGCUGAUUUCCAACAUGGAUGGUGCACCUGAGCCAGUCUAAACCACUUUUACUGUAUAUCAUUUUUACACUGCUCUCAGACUGGAUGACUGGAGAUGAGACUCUGCAGGCCUACACCACAUCAUGAGUAUCCAGAGUCUGGGAGGAGCUAUAGGGGAUUCCCUGGGCUCUAGCCUGACGGUGCGUAUGAGCGGAGCAGGUGGCGGGUGGAGUGCUCUCUCUCUCAAACCUGUUUCCUCUGGCCGGAUCUCCUCUGUGUUCCAGACCAUGGUUCCCACCGGUUAUACCAAGCUACAGGAAGAGCGGCUCGCCAUGGUGGACCUCGGAGCUAAGCCUGAAGUCAGUCCGCUUCAGAAUGGCUACAGACAAGAGACAUCACACAUAGAAGGCCGACGGCUCCUGGACCGGGCCUCUCGGUCCUCUGUGACUUUAUCUGACUGUGGAGAUGGAGGCUACUCUGAAACUGAGCCCAUGCUGGCUGAGAGGAGGCUCUCCGGGGAGGAGGCAGAUGAGGAGGAGGAAGAGGAUGAGGAGGAAGGGCUGGGGUCUACUGCGCAGAAUAUGCCUAAGGAGUCACCACUGGCCAUGGCGCUGCAGAUCUUGCUGCCUUUCCUGUUAGCUGGUUUUGGAACUGUAUCAGCUGGAAUGGUGCUGGAUAUUGUGCAGCACUGGGAAGCAUUCCAGUACAUCACAGAGAUUUUCAUCUUGGUACCUGCCCUGCUUGGCCUCAAGGGAAACCUGGAGAUGACUCUGGCCUCAAGGCUGUCUACAGCGGUGAAUGUGGGCAAGAUGGAUUCUCCCAUAGAGAAGUGGAAUCUCAUCAUAGGCAACCUGGCACUGAAGCAGGUUCAAGCCACAGUGGUGGGUUUCCUGGCCGCCGUAGCAGCCGUGGUUCUUGGUUGGAUCCCAGAAGGGAAGUUCCAGAUGAGCCACGCUGUCCUGCUCUGCUCCAGCAGCGUGGCCACGGCCUUUAUAGCCUCCCUGCUGCAGGGUAUCAUCAUGGUGGGUGUAAUUGUGGGUUCCAAGAAGACGGGCAUUAACCCAGACAACGUAGCCACGCCCAUUGCCGCCAGUUUUGGUGACCUCAUAACCUUGGCGAUCCUGGCCUGGAUAAGCCAGGGCCUCUACAAGUGCCUGGAUAACUUCCCAUAUGUGUCGUCACUGGUUUGCGCCUUCUUCAUGUGUCUGACUCCUCUGUGGAUCGUCAUCUCCUCCAAGCACCCAGCCAGCCGCACCCUGCUCUACUCUGGGUGGGAGCCAGUCAUCACUGCCAUGGUCAUCAGCAGCAUCGGAGGGCUCAUCUUGGACAAAACAGUGUCUGACCCAAAUCUUGCUGGCAUCGUAGUGUACACCCCGGUUAUCAACGGAAUCGGGGGUAACUUGGUGGCUAUUCAGGCCAGCAGGAUCUCCACUCAUCUGCAUUUCCACUGUGCCCCUGGGGAGGUUCCUGACGAGGCCAAGGGCUGCUACUACCCCUGCCGCACAUUCUGGGGUACAGGAGCCAAUCAUCGCUCUGCUCAGGUGCUGCUCCUUUUGGUGAUCCCUGGUCACCUGAUCUUCCUUUACACCAUCCACCUGAUGAAGAGCGGACACACCACCCUGACGCCCAUCUUUAUGUCCGUCUACCUGGCUGCUGCUAUGCUGCAGGUGUUGCUGUUGUUGUGUAUAGCAGACUGGAUGGUGCACUCCAUGUGGCGGAGCGGCAAAGAUCCGGACAGCUUUUCCAUCCCUUACCUGACCGCUCUGGGCGACCUGUUGGGUACCGCCCUGCUGGCACUCAGCUUCCACUUCCUGUGGGUCAUAGGAGACCAGGACAGCGAUGUGGGCGACUGAAAAAGACAAAAAGGCAAAGGCAGUGACUGGAGGCCAGCCUCUGCCAUCCGACUUCUCACUCCCUUAAGCCCUGUGGGAAUGUGGGUGCUCUCUGUUGCUGGCCAGCACAUUUCUCUGCUUCACUUCACUUAAACCACAUGAUGGUUUGGAAACUAUUUUCUGCUCCUGGCUUUUUUUCCUACACACAAAAGACAUUAUUUUCCAUAAUUUUAGACUGUUCUCUGAACAGAUUUUGAUCUGCAUAGUUUGCACCAAGGCACUUGCAUAUUAUAUUGCUCGUCUUAUUAAGAGGAGCAGGAGAACACUAACCACCACCCACAGUGCUGAAGAAACAUUGCUGCUGUUGGCAAGGUGGUCCGAUCUGCCAGCCAAGCAUCAGUUGGAGGUCUUCUACUUAAAAAAAUCUCUUUUGCUGGUGUAUAUUUUGGGGAUUUACCACCCACUGUGUCACAAACUUUGUUACCUGCCUUGUGUAUCACCGCUUUGCAACAUCAAGUCAGUGGAGGGCACAGAAACGGCUGGGGUGGGGGCAGAAAAGUGAAUGUUUAUCCAAGAUCGACUGAACACAUGCUUUGAACUGCCAUGUUAGCAGGUCUACCAGCACCAGGGUUGGAAGGGAACAUGAAUUUAUAUUGAUGGUAGAAAAGUCAAUAUUUCUUUCCGUGUCUACAUGUCUUUAUUUUUCUGUUUUCCAAGUGUCCAAACUUUAACUAUCCUUACAGUACAGUUCUAUUUUGUUUCAGCAUUUUGAGUUAUCCCACACUGGUCUCUGCAAGGCUGGCAGCUUUUAUAGGUACGGAAGUUUUUGUUUUUGUUCUUUUUUACGCUUUGUAAGAUUCGUCCUGACAGGAUGUUCUAUAAUAGGUCCCCAACCUUUGGAAAAGAAAAUUAAGUUGAGUCUCACAGAACAACUUUGUAGCUCCUUGUUCUGAAUUCAAAUGAUUCCAUGCCAAAGUUCAUCGUAGUGAAUUAUGCAUACAUAGGAACAUGGGUGAAUUAAAAUGUUGAAGCAAAAGAUCUUAAACAUUUAUUCAUUCAUUCAUUAUACUUAACAGCUUAUCUGAACUUGGGUUUGCAUGGGGAUGGAGCCAAUUCCAGCUGAAUAAUCCUUUUAAAUUUCAAAACUAUCUCCAUGGCCAACAGCCAACACUUCAUGGUACUAGUACAGUUGAACCCCCCAACCUAACCUAACCCUAACCCUACAGGUGUAGCAACAGGAAGCAGGAAGAAGGGGAGCAGGGCUUAGUGAAUGGUCAAUUAUUGCUUUGGAUCAACCAAUCUGCAGAUAUGUUAACUUUAUGUGUACCUUUACAGCCAUUCAUCUUUUCAGCCUCAGCCUCCUGUUAUUAUGUAAAUGUUAUCAGCCUUUCUUUGACAUUCGUGUUCAACAAACCAUGAAAUCUGUAUAUUACGUGAUCCCUCUCAUUCAUUUCCUGUUUGUUUGCCCUUUCUGAUAUCCUCGGUGGUGGUCUGGUUGUGCACACAGAGCAGUAGCACUACGCCAGGCCAGCAAAUUAAACAUUCCACGGUGGAUGUUUGCACGUUAAUCACAUGCUGUUUACAGUGCAUGUAUGCAUAGUAUCUACAUGCAUGCACAUAAUUAAUCAGCAGGUUUCAUGUCAGCAUAGUGUGAUUUUCUACUCAUUUCAGACUAAUUUCAUAAUUGGUGUAAACAUAACCUGAUUAAACACCCGAUUUCAUUCCCUUUUUCUGAAUAUGCCAUGUGUUUAAAAGGUCAGAGAAAACUGAUACAGAUGAAGCACACUGAUUAUUAGUCCCUCUGCCUCCAGGAGAAAUUACUUGGGAUAAACCUUUUUAUUUAAAGCAACUAUAAGGAACUUAAUGUGUUGAGGUUGGUGGCGCUACUGGACAAAAGCAAACAUUUGCAUGAGCACCAGACUGCCAUUAGAAAAUCUCUCAUUUUACUGCUGCAGGUUCUGACAGUCUUCCCCGCGAAGUCCGGGUUCUGGUUCUCCCAUGCCUCUCUUCCCUCAAGCAGCGUGGUGUCAGUAUUAGCUGUGUAGCUCUGCUGCUGAUCGCUGUCGGAGGCCCUGCUGGAGUCUUACUUAAAGAAGGUUUUAGAGAACCGGCAUGAUUUUGUCAGAAUCCGACCCACUGGCAUUGUGGCAGGGGUUAAGGUUAACUACAUAGAAAUAGCCAAUAUUCUCACUGAUGGUCUCGUUUACUAGGUCGUGUAGAGGCAUCAUUAUUAAACUGAGAGUGAUCAAGAUUUCCUUCUAGUUGCUUUGGAGGAAAAAUGGAACCACCUCCUUCAUCUGAUAACUCAGCAGCAUAUUGUGUGCAUGUGAACGCAGCCGGUGGCUCUAAUCAACUCCAAUAUGUGCCUCUUGAGAUUCACUGGUUAACAAGGUAUUUAUCUCUGUAAUGCCAUUAAUGCAAUUUUCUUUCUUCAGCAUUGUAAUAAUGUGCAGUGACUUCCUUUUGUACUCACUUCCAGUUCCAUGACAGCAACUAUUGUAUUUUGAAGGGUUUCAUUCCAAAAUGAUAUCAUUUAAUUGCUAGCAGGAAACUACUUCUAAAGAGUGUGACAUGAAUUGUGUUUCAAGUGGAUAUAUUUCCUUUUGGUAUGAAACCUUUUUUUUUCUCGCUUUCGUGGCUCACAUGGGCCAAAAAUGUCUAAAUAAAUGUCUUUCAAUUUGAAAAAGCA